CCAACAGCGCAAACAUUUAAGUGGUAGCAAUCGAAAGGCAAAUUAUUCAUAAACACAGCAUCUGAACUAGAUAUAUCAAUAGGAAACAUCGGUAUUCUUUUAAGAGCUUUCCAAAGCGUCUCACCUCAAUUGCCAUUUGGAGGUAAAAUACCUCUAGCUCAAGUUUUUUCGUCCUUCGCCGCGAUCUCAUCCCAGAUCUCUAUUGUUGCGGAGGUGGGAAUGAGUCUGCUCGCACACUGGAGGAGAUUUUUUGUUUCAGGAACUAGAACAAAAAUUGAUUUAAAUGACAUGGAAAAAGCAGGUUUGUUUGCAUUACGAUGUUUUGGAGACAUGUCUGAUCAAUCAUACUGGAACAACUUUUAUGCCAGCCGUCAAGGUAACAAACACUUUGAUUGGUUUGUGCGUUUUGAAGAUUCCGUUGAAGUUCUUAAGCCUUACCUACCCCCUGUCAGUCACAGUUUUGUCACAAGAAUCUUGGAGAUUGGUUGUGGAACCUCAGAUUUCAGCUUGAAGCUCUUUGAACACUUAAAUCGUGACUGUCGCAUUGAUUGCAUCGACUUUUCACAUGAAGCGAUAAAAACUUUAAGAAAAAUUGUUGAAGAACGUGGCUUAGUUGCAAAGGAGAUUGUCGAGACAGAGGGAAAACUGGAAUCUAGUCUUGAUUUGACUGGCCUGGCAUGCCAUCAAGCUGAUGCAAAGAAUAUGCCUUUCGCGGAUGAAACAUUUUCUUUGGCUCUAGAUAAGGGUACUUCCGAUGCAGUUCUAAAAGGACCUAAAGGAGAGGGUGCAUUUGCAGAAGUGUUACGUGAGUGUUUGCGUGUCUUGAAACCCUGUGGAAAGCUGAUUCAGUUCUCGGAUGAACCACCGGAACUGCGUUUGGACGCAUUGGAAAAAUUCAAAAAUGACUUAGCUCAAUCGCACUCUACUGCGCUUAACUCUUUGACGUUACGUUUGUCCUGGCGAGAACUGGACACACGUUCAAGCUUUCAGCAUUAUUUGUAUGUCGUCCACAAAAAGGGUGUUGGCAUGGAUAAAAUUUAAGUUUUAGAGUUAUUUUCAACUGAUUGUGGAAAGUAAUAAUUUAUUGCUUUGGGUUUGCUUAGCUUUGCUCCCUGA